AUGCCCCCACCUGGGAAACCUGCCGACGUCUCGGCGGCCAACAAAGAACGCAAUGAAUAUAUUCCAUCCUUCAUCUCAAAGAAGCCCUUCUAUAUUGACGAUGAUUCGACAACCUCGGAUUACUUGGAACACCAGCGGUUGCAGAAAUCCACUUCAGAUCAGGCAACCUGGUACGAUCGUGGUAAGCGGGCAGGCCCUGCUGCCACGAAAUAUCGCAAAGGCGCAUGCGAGAACUGUGGCGCUAUGACGCACAAAACCAGGGACUGUCUAAGUCGACCUCGAAAACAAGGUGCCAAGUGGACAGGGAAGGACAUCCAAGCUGAUGAAAUUGUUCAAGACGUGCAGCUGGGCUGGGAUGCGAAGAGAGACCGCUGGAAUGGCUACGACGCUUCAGAGUACCAGACAGUGGUGGAUGAAUUCCAGGAGAUGGAGGAGUUAAAGCGACAGACCAAAGGCCAAAUGGACGGGCAGCGGAAGCAGCUUGAGAAUGGCAACGAAGACGAUGAGGGAAAUGAAGAGGCCAAAUAUGCAGAAGAAUCGGAUAUGGGUCGAACGCAAAGUACUGCUACGAGGAACCUCCGGAUUCGAGAAGAUACUGCAAAAUAUUUACUGAAUUUGGAUUUGGACUCUGCAAAAUACGACCCUAAAACGAGAUCGAUGGUCGAUGCUGGUGCAACUGCAGAUCAAUCGGCUGCUCUCGUGGCGGAGGAUAACUUCAUGCGCGCAUCGGGUGACGCAGCCGAGUUUGACAAGGCGCAAAAAUAUGCGUGGGAGUCGCAAGAGACGGGCGGAAGGAACAAACUUCAUUUACAGGCCAACCCCACGUCCGGCGAAUAUUUCCGUCGGAAGCAGAAGGAGGAGACUGACGCUAAACGUGAAGCUCAGCGCAAAGUAUUAUUGGAGAAAUACGGUGGUGAGCAACACCUGCAACCGGCGCCUCUACGAGAUGCAGCAAUCACGGAAUCGGAACUUUACGUCGAAUAUGACCCAAGCGGUGGUAUAAAGGGGGCUGCAAAGGUUUCCGCCAAGUCCAAAUAUCCUGAGGAUAUUCAUCCGAAUAAUCAUACUUCGGUAUGGGGUAGCUGGUGGUCAAACUUCACUUGGGGUUACGCCUGCUGCCAUUCAACAGUCAAAAACAGCUACUGCACAGGAGAAGAAGGAAAGAAGGCACAUGAAGAAGCUAGCCAGGCAAGACUUGGCGAAAGUUUGCAAGAGGACAGUGUGAAACGGAUCGAGGAAGGCAGUGCAAUGUCACGUCCUGAUGGCGAAGACGGGGCGCAAGAGCUUUCUAGGCAAAUUGCAGAGACUCAUCCUGAACCCGCCCCAAAGAAAAGAACGUUGGAGGAGAUGCAGAGUGGCAUUGACGAAGAGGAGAUUGAGACAUAUCGGCGAAAACGCACGUCCGCCCAAGAUCCCAUGGCUGCAUACUUAGGGCGCGAUGAGCUGGUGGAGUAA